ACCUCCGCCGUCACCAUAGAGACGGAGCACGGACUACAAAAACAACCCGAGGCAUGAGAUUAGGCUUGAAAAUAGAGGAAAAAAAAACAUAGUUUAUGGGCACAUUUCCUGUCAUUAUGGAUGCUUUAAACUGUUGUGAAUUUUAGGCAAUAAGCUUUGGGACGAGGAAACAGCCAGCAUUGGUUUUAUCCACACAACAUCUCAAAAAAAAUAUAUGGUCAGAGGAAGUUGUCUAAAUUUGCUUUCUCUCCACAAACAUAAGAAGACCGUAAAGAAAAAAUGGCAACUCACCCAAAAGUAGUUGCUUCUAGAUCAAGGCAAGUGUACAAAAAAAGUGAUGGAUCACUUUCGGCUUUCUCGCUGAACUUCUUGGAAAGACUGCCGUGUGAGAUUGUGACAAAGGUUUUGUCGUACCUGGAUGCCCCAGCACUCUUCAGCAUGAGUUAUGUCAAUAAGCGCACCCAUCAGCUUGCCAGUGACAACGCUCUCUGGAAGAACUUAUACGUGGCCCAAUUUGGCAAGAACAAAAGGCAGAAACCCCCGCCCGUAGCCGGGCUAAACAUGGAGGUAAAGGAUCCCGCUGCAGGCUACUGGAAGCGCCUCUUCCUCACCACCGUGGAACACCGUGACACCAAGACGUGGAAGCAACUUCUUGGACAUGUCAGUUGUCUCACCGGUCUGCCAAGCCGAACAGAGCAGGUCCUCAGCAUUGUGUUAUCUUCCUGCAGAAACUCCCAUGUCACCUGGGAACUGACCGUCACUUCCAAGUCAGGACAGGUGUGUGCUUUGGAACUGAGCCGGUCUCAGUUCUGCAAGACUUCUUUGACACUGUGCUGGAGCGGAGGACUCUGCUUAUCCAACUAUGGGGAGAUUUCUACCCUUCAACUUGACGGUGUCAGGAGGAUUGAACUCAACCACCCCGGCCUGAAGAAGAGGUCCCUCAUGGCCAAGUUGAACAUGCAGCCUCUAACUAAAUGUGCACAGGUCAUUGGCCAGGACAGACUGGUGCAGCUGAAGCUGCUACAACCUGGAGUCAUCAUGGGUCUCUGGACGGGCCAAAGCUCAGUUGCUUUCUUCAUGUUCACCCUCCACUUCCACAAGUUGAUGGAGAGAAGCACUCAUGGAUCUGCCGUGUGUCCAUACACAGAGCCCAUCAUCAAACCACCUUUUGAUGAUGUGGACCCUGACUAUGGUCUCCAUGGUUACCAGGUGCACAUUGUUCUCCACAACACCACCUGUCAGCUACUCUCUGAGAGCUUCUCCCAGCUUUUUUGCCCCAAAGAUCAGAUCUCUGAUGGAUUCAUUCAUCUCACAGCCAUCAGUAGAACCAACCUGGCUCAGCACACACCUGUGUUAGGCAGCAUCACCUUGCCCUGGCAGUGUGAAGCCCUGCAGGGUUCAGUGGAGAACUGCUGCGUCAUGAGUUUCACUCUUCUGGAUGAAUUCAGGAAACCCUUUAAGUGCGUCUGCUCUCCCGUUUCCAUGCAGCUGGAGAAGUCGUCGGUUUGUUUGGACUACAGCGAUGAGCACUUUCUGAUCCACCAUAAGGAACCCGGCGUUCAGGUGAAGAUGCAGCUUGCGUGGUCAAAGGAACAGGAGAAGUUUGUCCUCAUCAGUUUAGUUGUCUGUGUGAGCGUUCAUGAAGUCAACAAGCAUUUCAGUAGAGAUUACUAACCAUUCUGUAUUUUGAAAUUAAAAGACUUUUCACAAUUC